AUGAAGUUCCACUCUAGAGCACAGGUUGCUUUGCUUCUUGCUCUUCUGUUCACUCUACAAACCUGCCAUACUGGAGCUCAAGCAGCCCGUCUACUCUCGACAAAAGUGCAUCCUUCCUCCCAGUCAACCAUGGCUGCAUCUUCACAAACUCACAAAGAUUUGCAGGUAGACAAGAAGGAUCCAUUUAAGCAGGUCCAAGCCUCCAUAAGAGGGCUGAAGGAAGUGGCAAACGCUAGAGAACAAUACCGCCAAAGCAAUUCUUUCGUUAAUUUCGGAUACACUUUGCUGCCAGAGUGGAGUGUUUACAUCUGUUAG